AUGCAGAUGCAGACAGACAAAAUCGACGGUGACAUCGUCAUCCCAAACGACGAGUAUGAGAGAGAGCUGGCACAGCAGCGGCUCGACGACGAGCUGCGAUUGGCUGAUGCCGCCGUGACGUCACUGGCUUCCAAGGCGGCCCGAGAGGGGCCGGGGGACUUGGAAGCCGCCAUCGAGCCCUCGGGAGUGGAUAGGGGGCUAACAGCGACGCCCCUUUCCGCGAGGGGCAAAUGUGUGCGCUGUGAUCCGGACUGCUGGGGUAGCAGGAGGCAUCGGAAAAAGUGCGCACAUAAAAGGAGAAGUCGAAAGAGGAAUCGGCAUAAAAGCCGGAGGAGGGGAAAGUGGAGGAAAAAGGGAAGGAGGAAGGGUGGUCGACGCCGGAAAAAUAGGAGGCUCCAGAAGAAAUGGGCCUAUCAACAUGCACGAAGAAACACCACUCGAGCUCGGCAGCGGGGCAGCAACCCCAUCACCAAAAUCACCACCAACUCUAUCGGCUCAUCACCAACCUCAACCACCGGCCGCGUGGUCCAGCUCCCAUCCUCCGCUCCUCACCAUCGACAGAAGAGGGCCGCCACCGCCCGACUGGACCGAAUCUGGGCCCACGGGGUGAUCCCCUAUCAGAUUGAUGAUGAGUUUAGCGCCGAGCACAAGGCGCUGUUUAAGCAGGCGAUGCAGCAUUGGGAGAACGCGACGUGCAUCAAGUUUGUGGAGCGGGAGCCGGAGCUGCAUCCCGACUGGAUCGUGUUUGCGGUGCGGGAGUGCGGGUGCUGUUCAUUUGUCGGUCGUCGUGGCAACGGUGAGCAAGCCAUCUCGAUCGGGAAGAACUGCGACAAGUUCGGUAUCGUGGUGCACGAGCUGGGCCACGUGGUCGGCUUUUGGCACGAGCACACGAGACCUGAUCGUGACCACCAUGUGGAAAUCUUCACCGAAAAUAUCAUGGAAGGUCAGGACUUCAACUUCAACAAGAUGACGGGAGAGGACGUGGACAGCCGCGGCCUUCCUUACGACUACGAGUCCAUCAUGCACUACGCGAGGAACACCUUCUCCAAGAAUAGCUACCUGGACACAAUUCUGCCACGAGUCCGGCACGGACCCAAUAUGCCCCAGAUCGGCCAGCGACUGAGGCUCAGCCAAGGGGAUAUCGCUCAGACAAUGAGAAUGUAUAACUGCUCCGCCUGUGGAGAGACGCUUCAAAUGAGCAACGGCACCUUUAGCGCCCCUCCGCCCCAACUGAGGCCUAACCACGGUCACUCCUGCGAGUGGCGCAUCACUGCCACCCACGGCGAGCGUAUCGUGCUCAACAUCAGUGACCUGGACAUCCACAGCAGUGACGGCUGUGAGACCGACUAUCUGGAGGUGCGCGACGGCUACUGGCACCACAGCGCACUGCUAGGUCGUUUCUGCGGCUCGGGCUCCGUCCCUGAACUGGUCGUCUCCACCGGCCGCCGUCUGCUAGUCACCUAUGUGGUCACGGAGAGGUCGGCAGAGCGACAGGGGUUCACCGCCAACUAUACAGCCGUAUGCGGCGGCGAGCUGAAGCUGCGUGAGGGCGUUCUCGAGUCCCCCAACUACCCCGACUACUACCGACCCAACCAGGACUGCGUGUGGCUGAUCACAGUCGAGGAGGGACACCAGGUGGCCUUCGAGUUCACCGCCUUUGAGGUGGAAAACCAUGACACCUGCCUGUACGAUUAUGUGGAGGUGCGGAAUGGACCCACGAGCGACUCACCGCUCGUGGGCAAAUACUGCGGUUACCAGGUACCGGAAGCGAUUACUAGCUCUGGUAACCACCUGUGGGUGCGGUUCGUGUCGGAUGGCAGUGUCCCCAAGCCGGGAUUCGCGGCACACUUUAUGACAGAGCUGGACGAGUGCUCGGGCCCGAACCACGGCUGUGAACACAACUGCGUCAACACGCGCGGCAGUUUCCGCUGCUCGUGCCGCAUCGGGUACGAGCUCCACUCGGAUGGAAAACGCUGCGAAGAGGCUUGCGGCGGUACAAUCGAAGCCGACAACGGCACGGUGACAUCGCCUUCCUUCCCGGACCUCUACCCUCGGAACAAGUACUGCAUCUGGGAGCUGAUUGCCGCCCCCAACCACCGGAUCACACUCAACCUGACGCACUUCGACCUGGAGGGUAGCAACGUCAGUCACCAAGAGUGCGACUACGACCGUCUGGAGGUGUCCAGCGUCCUCCCUGGCGGUAAGCUGCGUCCACACGGCACAUUCUGCGGUAGUAAUAUUCCCCCAGCCAUCUCCAGCGAGACAAACAAACUACAGCUGACCUUCCUAACUGACAGCUCCGUGGAGAAGACGGGAUUCGCCGGAGUUUUCAUCACUGAUAAGGACGAAUGCUGGGACGACAACGGAGGCUGCCAGCACCGCUGUAUCAACACAAUCGGCUCGUUCAUGUGUGCAUGUGACAACGGCUUUAUGCUGCACGAGAACGGCAAGGACUGCAAGGAAGGCGGGUGUAAGCACGAAAUCGACACUCCGUCUGGCGAGGUAUCCAGUCCGGAAUAUCCGGAGACAUAUCCGAGCAAAAAGGACUGCGUGUGGCAUUUCAGUACCACUCCCGGUCACCGGAUCAGACUGGUGUUCAACGAGUUUGACCUGGAGCAUCACCAGGAGUGUACCUAUGACCACGUGACAGUCUACGACGGCGACUCUGAGAACUCUACCGUACUGGGCACGUUCUGCGGCGCCAAGACGCCCCACCCAGUGAUCGCCUCCCGAAAUGAGAUGUACAUGACCUUCACAUCGGAUGCCAGCGUGCAGCGGAAGGGAUUCAUCGGCACUCACAGUACAGUGUGCGGCGGGUAUCUGUUUGCUGAGCACGAGGUACAACAUCUCUACUCUCACGCCAAGUACGGAGAUGAAAACUACGGCAAUCGAGCAGAGUGUACCUGGACCAUAGAGGCGCCAGUGGGCUACUAUGUGCGACUCAGGUUCCUGACGUUCGAGCUGGAGCAUGAACAGGAUUGUGGAUACGAUAACGUCAAAGUGGUGGACGGUUUUGACGAGACGGCCCACAUGCCGCACAAGUACUGUGGUAACGAGAUUCCACCUCCGAUCGUGUCCACCGAUGAGGUGUUACGUGUGAUCUUCAAAACGGACGACACUAUGAACGCUAAAGGAUUCUCGGCUUCCUACGAGAUAAUCGACGCCUACCAGCGACCAGAUCUGGAGGGCAGCAAGAAACACUGAGGAUUUGGCUUGGAGGGGUCGUGCUGGGAUUUGCUGGAAUGCGCAUUCUGACAUGUGAUGUGUUGUUGUCAUGAUGGUAUACAACUGAGGUUUUGGAAUAACUUGGAAAUCUGAUUGAGGUUUGAGUUGGAACCGAGCUGGCAACGAUGACAUCUUAAGUUCGGUGUUUUGAUUACGUCACUGGAUUGAUGUUUUAGUGAUGCCAUGUGAUUGAAGUCUCCGAUGAUGUCACUGGUUUGAAAAAAGCGACGCUGUUCCGGAAUGCGGAAGGACGCUGGAAGUUCUUUUGCGUGAAACCCUCAAUGCUGGACUCUGUAAACACCAAGCUGACCUCUGUCGGUCGCUUGUGGUACUUCGCCGAAAAGUCCUGUAUCCAUCGCACGUGAAAGAAUCGGAGACGCAAGAUGCGUCGUGAGUGUACUUAUUGUCCAACAAGACCAUGAUGAGUGCUUGGAAAGAGCGAACACGGAACGGCACAGAUGGCGCUGUCUAUUGGUGGGAGUGGAUUUGGACGUGAUGAUGUAUGUAAGCCCAUGGUCAGCAGUUUCACGGUCACUUCACGUCUUCUAGAUAUAUUGGUCUGAUGAGACGAGAUAAGAACGCUGUCUUCUUUGCUGAUGUUUUAGAGGACUGAUGAGCUCCGUCUUUAGGAGUUUAUUUUUAGCAGUGACGAGUGUUGCGUUCAAUUGCGACCCUCGCGGGUCGAAUCCCGUCGCAUUUGUUCCGUUGUGUGCCACUUAGCGUAUUCGCUAAUGUUUGAUCAAUGUUUUAAAUCAAAAUUAAGCCGGUAUUACCACCCUCCUGCUUCGUUUUUGCGACUCCCUAGCUGGUAGUCAGCUGUUGGGAGACACUGGGGGAGGUGGUAGAUGGGGGGGAGUGUAAUGGGAUGGGGUAAGGAGGUACCAGGUUUGUGCCAAACCCUGUGUCAAACCCUAUCGACUGAGUGUGUAGUCGACAAGGUAAUAUCGAUAUAGAUUUAGUGGAUAACUGUGCCAUGUCAUGUUUAUGUUUAGUACUAAUGUGUCAUGAGAGUCGACUAUUUGAUCUUUUAACCGCAACGAGCGGGGUAUGUGAACUAUAAAGAUCGGAAGAUCGUAUCGACAAGGCUCGGUUAUAUUGCAGUGGUGUCUCUUCGUUCAAACUAUUGCGCUUUUCCGUGCAAGACAUUCUUCUGUCAAAAAAAGAAAUAAAUAAGAAAAUAAUCAUUCUGAAAAAGAGUUCCUCCUCAAAAACGUGGCGUCAUAAUUUGGCCUAAACCACUCUUUCCUUCCUGCGCUGAGGAUCUUUUGUAUCCAAUAUUCCUAAACUAGGCAGUCAUAGUUGUGAAUCUUCGCCUCACGGGUUGGUUGGAACGGUAGAUUCAAGAUGCACAACAUCAUUAUCAAUUUGUCUUUGCGUGAAUAACAAUCCUCUGUCCUAGAGAGACUGUUUGUUAUGUCGAUUGGUGAAAAGCGGCUCUCAUGAGUAUACAAGUAUGCCUUCUCGUAUGUUCAACGCCCGUCUAAAAUAUCUUACGAAAAUCGUGUAAUGCCUAUGUAAUAUUUUCAGUAAACCACUCGCUCAAGUUUCGAUGUGUGACUUAUCUGGUAUUCCUUUCCGUUUUUCAUAUAAACAUGUCACGGACAAGGCUGUUCAAGUACAUUAACCCGCGCCCUGCUGGGGGGGGGGGUGUUUGAACACCCCCCCUUGUGGUUUUUCGCGAAUAUCUCAAAAACGGCGGCGCGGAGCGCCGCCGUUUUUGGUACACCUUAUCAUACAUCAAUUCUACACAUGUUGUGAAAAUUUCAGACCAAGGUCAUUCAAGGUCAGGUCACCAAGUCACUUGAAGUGACCUCACCUCAUAAAAAGUUUCAAUGUCUGUCAUAGCUACACCGAGUGACCGAUUGCUUUGAAACUUUCAGCGAUUGCUAAGAGCAAUGGCAUGUACAAAACGUAUAUCUCAGAAUUUUAAUAUCGUUGACCUAAGGUCAGGUCAAUUUUGCGACCUCCCCAUUAUAAGUCAAUGGGAGAAAAUUGAAAUGCGCCUCUUUUGGACGAAAGACAUUAUAAACACUCCCAAACACUGAAUUACAAGUAGUUUAGACACACUGAACAUGAAAAUGGUGUCCGUGACCCCUGUUUAUGCCCUGAGGUCAUCUUAGGUCACGAAUGGUAUCUAACAGUUUUUCGCAAAUAACUUUUGAUAGAGGCAUGCUAGGGCGAUGAAAACGCCUUAGAUGUGUUCAGCUCGACGAUACGGAUCGACUGAUAUGCAACAUGACCCUUUCUGGUCAGGUCAUGACCUUGACCUGAGGUCAAAUUUUCAAGUUGACCUUUCAAGGUCAAGUUAUAGUUCAUUCGAUGCGUCUUGACGAGAGGAACACGAUGCCGGUAAAAGUAAGCUCGUACAAGGCUUGGGUCAAAAGUUAUUGCAGAAAAACUGUUUCCGAAAAAAUCGGCUAUUUUUGCAGUUUUUGCCCCCUGCAGGCAAAACCGUUGACGUUAGGUCAAAUCUGAGAAAAUUACUCAGAAAGGGCGUUAAUAGGGCUAUCGAAUGCGCUUUUCCGCGGCGCUGUAGCUCUUUUGGUUCCCGAGUUAUGCGUUGGCUUCUUGGAAAUUUUCGACAUUCGACCUGGAAAUCGGCGAAAUUUUGCAUUCAAUGACCUCUGGUGACCUGACCUUUGACCUGAGCAAAAAAUUGACCGAAGUGAUUUCCUCAUUAUUUUUGACGCUCUUUCGAACGCCGCCUUCCGCGUAUCGCUACGUGGCCCAGGAGCCGAGUUAGAAGGGGGGUGUUCAAACACCCCCCCCAGCAGGGCGUGGAAAUCCAGGACCCACAGCCGGGCGCGGGUUAAUUUUAGUCGUCGGUGGCCUCUGCUGGUCGUCAUUUGUGCUGUAUAAAUACAAUCUAAUAAUUCGA